UCUUCUUCUUCUUCUUCUUCCCUCGGGCUUGGUCCUAGGAGAUUCCCCGGCUAAUUUUUCGGAAGAUUAGCAAUUGACGAGUGAUCAGAUCAUUAAUUUGAUCCAACGGCGAAAAUGGACUCCUUUCUCAGCUGAAACCGCUCAUGGCCUUCUCCGCCGCCACCCGCUCCAAUCUCGCCGCCCCCUCUCAACCCUACUGCAAGUUGUGUUGUGUUAGGUUCAGUGGGAAGGAGAGUAAAGUAGCUUGUAAAGCUAAUGUGAGACGGGGAGGCGCGUCGUUGAGGAUCUGUAAGGCGGUGUUGAAUGGGAGGAAGUUGAGCAUUAGCGGCAAUGGAGGGUCGGAGCCUGCGAGGAUUCUGCUGGAGAGGUUGUUUGCGCAGACGCAGAAGCUGGAGGAACAGAUGAGCAGAGGUUCUCGUCAUCCGCAGGAUGUCCAGCUCGGGUUUAAUCUCGAGACGCUGGAGUGUGAUCUCCAAGCGGUGUUGGCCGUGUUGAAGCAGAAGGAAGAGGAUUUGCAGGAUGCCGAGAGACUGGUUUUCUUGGAGCACCUUGAGCUGAACCGCGCAAAGGAGGGGCUGGAGCGGCGGGAGAAAGAAGCUGCUGCAGCGUGUUCUAGGUAUGAGAUAGUAGAGGAGGGCCUGAAGCGUGCUAAUCAGGAGUUAGUUUCUCAAGCGAGCUAUAUAGAAGACAUAAAGCUUCAGCUUCGGGAAAGAGACCAGGAGGUUUCUGCUACACAGUCGGCACUUUCUCUGAAAGAAGAGGAAUUGGAUAAAAUGAGAGAAAAAUUGUUGAAAAUGAGUGAAGAAGCUGCCAAGACUGACUCUGAACUUGGAUCUAUGGCUCAGUUGCUGAAUGAAGCCAAUGAAGUUGUCAAGAGACAAGACGUGGAGAUUCAAGGACUCCGGAGAGCCAUACUGGAGAAAGAAGAAGAGCUGGAAAUUUCUCGGACGCAGAAGAAACUUGAAGAGGAGAAGCUAAAAGUUUCGCAGGAAAACUUGGAGAAGCGGACAAUGGAGUGGUUAUUGGCACAGGAAGAGCUUAAGAAACUAGCAGAGGAAGUAUAUAGACAUGCUGGAGAAGCCAAUGAGACUUUAGAGGAUUUUUGGAGGGUGAAGAAUCUUCUAAUUGACGUGAAGUCUGAGUUGGUUUCCUCCCAGAAAGCUCUUGCUUCCUCUAGACAGAAAAUGGAAGAACGAGAGGGUCUUCUGGAAAAUCAAUUGGAGGAACUUGAAGAGCAGAAGAGAAGUGUUAUGUCUUACUUAACAACUCUGAAAGAUGCCCACAUAGAAGUAGAGAGUGAAAGAGUAAAGCUUAGGGUCGCAGAGGCUCAAAACAAGGAGCUUGAGAGGGAGUUAUGCAUGGAGAAGGAACUUAUGGAAGAGUUAGAGGAGGUUUUGAAAAAAGAGAGAUACUCUCUGCAUCAGGCCAUCAGUGAGAUAUCUGCUCUCCAAAUUAAGCUAGAAAAGAAAACUGCUGAAUUUGGGGAUGUGCGCGAUCUUCUCCUGGUUAAAGAGGCGGAAGCGGUGGAGGCAAAACUCGAAAUUCAGCAUCUUAAAUCUGAGCUGGCUACUCAGAAGCUCAUUUUGGAGGAAAAGGAUUUUGAACUUCUAAAUGCAAGGAAUAAGCUCGAGGAAGUGAACAAGGAAGUGGCAGAGCUGAAGAUGCUUUUGACUAGUAAAGAGGAGCAGCUUGUUCAAGCAACUGCCUUGCUCAAGGAGAAAGAUGAUCAGGUACACACAAUGCAAGAUGAGUUGGAUGAUACCAAGCUGAAAUUUUCAGAAGCUGAAACUGUGGUAGAAAGGAUAGCAGAGCUCACUAAUGAAUUGGUUAGAUCUAUCAAGGAUGAAGACUGCAGUGCAUCCAAAUCAUUUGAUGACAUGAGCCCCAAGUUUCUGUACCAACUAAAUGAGAAACCAAUGGAUGAUUUUAGGUUGCAGAUCUUACAGCUUGAGACUGAGCUGAAAUCAGCUAGGGAUAGCUUAAGAAUCAAAGAAAUGGAAGUCCUAGCUUCUCAGAGGGAUCUCACGAUGAAAGACGAGGAGCUGAAGAUGGUUAUUGGAAGACUAGAAGCAAAAGAAGAGGAGGUGAAGAAGAUGAAAGAAGAGUCGGAAGAUGCUAAUGAUCUGAGAAAGCUAUAUGCUUUGGCCCAAGAGAGAAUAGGGAAGAAAAGUGUAGGAGACUUGGCUAUAGAGAAGCUUCAACUUGAGGCAGCACAAUUGGAAGUUGCAGCUGCAACCAGUGCACUUCAAAAACUUGCAGAGAUGAGUGGGGAGUUUCUGAGUAAAGCUAGCCUCAGCAUUGGGGCUGAUACCAGUAUAACUUUCGUGGAGAACAAUGAAUGUAUAGCUGAGGUUACAACAGAAGUGGCUCGGAUUUCAGCUUUGACUGAUAAGCUUGUGAAAGAGGCUGGCAUAGUUGUAACUGCAGGGCCUGCAUGCCAGUAGAGCUAACUAAGACUAGUGUCCUUAUUUCAUGUAUAGAAUUCCAACUGAUAUGUUAUCUUAGAUUUGCUAGGAGUAGAUUUUGUGCCACUGUUGUAGCAUUAUUUCACCGUUUAAAUUUUUUGUAAUCCAGAUGUAUAAGCCGUCUCCUUGUUACAUAAGCAGUUUAGGAGUGGUUAUAAUGGCGUUUUGUAUUUCUUAUUUUCUUUCAACAAGAUUCUCUUAUAUAGUCUAAGUUUGCACAUCUCCAAAACAAGCAUCAUUUGUAGAAAU